AGGUACAGAUGCUGGUGUUGCUGGCGGCUUUGUUGCUGCCCGGCCUCGUCUGGUGCGGUCCUCCGCCAAAGGUUGUCGUUGUUACUAUCGCUACAGAAGACACCGAUGGGCUGCGAAGGAUGUUGCAAUCGGCAAAAACGUUCAACAUCAAAGUUGAGGUGUUAGGCAUGGGAGAAGAGUGGAAUGGUGGAGAUACAAGAAUUGAAAAGGGUGGCGGUCAAAAAGUUCGUCUUCUUCGAGAAGGACUGAAAAAGUACGCCAACGAGCAGGACACAAUAAUUCUAUUCGUAGAUGCCUACGACGUAGUCUUCACUGCCAGUAUGGACACAAUUCUUGACCGAUACCUCACCCAUUUCGAAGACUACAGGGUUCUGUUCGGCGCUGAACCAUAUUGUUGGCCAGACGAAUCUUUGGCAAUUGAAUAUCCUCUUGUCGGGUUCGGGAAGAGGUAUCUUAAUUCCGGCCUCUUCAUCGGUUAUGCUAAAGAGAUCUACCAAAUACUUAGCCUGAAACAUAUUGCUGAUGCCGAUGACGAUCAACUCUACUACACAAUGGUUUACCUUGAUGAGAAGUUGAGGAAAGAUCUCAAAAUCGGUCUCGAUUCGGUGUCGAGGAUUUUCCAAAAUCUCAACGGCGUAACUGACGAUGUGGAGCUACAGUUUGAUGACGACGGAACUGCUCUGGCCUACAAUGCUGCCUACAACACUUAUCCAGCGAUCCUCCAUGGUAAUGGUCCCAGUAAAAGAUAUCUGAACUAUCUGGCAAAUUACGUUUCCAAACGGUGGUCAUCCACAAAAGGAUGUCCAAUUUGUGGAAAGAAACCAAAACUCGAUUUAGCUAAAAAGGACCCAGCCGACUAUCCCCUUGUCGCUAUAGCGGUCUUUAUCGCCAAGCCAAUUCCCUUCAUAGAAGAGAUGCUCGAGACAUUCGCUCGUCUUGACUACCCCAAGAAGAGAAUUGCGCUCUUCAUAUACAAUUCACAACAAUCCAACAUCAAAACAGUAAUGGACUUCCUUUCAAAGUACGGUUCCCAGUAUUACACCAAGAAAGUCUUCAAUGGUGUGACGGAAAUCCAAGAACGUGAAGCAAGACAGGAAGCUUUGACAUUUGCUUCUCGCCAUGAUGCCGAAUACCUCUUUUCACUGGAUGGAGAUGCUUACCUAACGAACGACAAAACACUACAGUAUUUGAUCGAAUACUCAGUGAACUAUGAAGUAGGCAUCAUUGCUCCACUGCUUGCACAGCCAGGAAAGAUGUUCACGAACUUUUGGGGCGAUAUUGCACCCAAUGGAUAUUAUGCAAGAAGCGAAGACUAUAUGGCAAUCGUUCAACGAAAACGUGUUGGCUUCUGGAAUGUUCCGUUUGUGACUUCUGCGGUGCUCAUAAAUAAAGAGAAAAUGAGAGAAAUGAAAACGCCCUACUUCUACGACAAAAUACUCGACCCAGACAUGUCGUUCUGUAAAUGGGCCAGAGAUAAGGGUCACUUUAUGUAUGUGGACAACGAGCAGGACUUUGGAUUCCUGAUUGUCAGCGACGAAUACGUGGAAGUUCUUAAGAGAGGGAAAUUGCAUCCAGAAAUGUGGGAAAUCUUCGAGAACCGCCAGAUUUGGGAAGCACGAUAUCUGCAUCCGGAAUAUCACAAGUUGCUGGCAGAAGAUACCGUAAUCGAGCAAGCAUGUACUGAUGUCUAUGACUAUCCGCUAGUUUCGGAAAGAUUUUGUAAAGAGAUGAUCGAAGAAAUGGAACAUUAUGGUCAUUGGAGUAGUGGCUCGAAUAAGGACGAUCGUUUAGCUGGUGGCUAUGAGAACGUUCCUACUAGGGAUAUUCAUAUGAGACAGGAGUUCACCCAUCAGCUCGAAUCAUACUCUAGCUUAUUUCAGCCUGUUGAAGCGAUUAUGAUGUUCGUUGUACGUUAUCGCCCAGAUGAGCAGCCGUCGCUCAGACCUCAUCACGACGCCAGUACUUUCAGUAUCGAUAUUGCACUCAACAAGAAGGGUGUAGAUUAUGAAGGUGGUGGAGUGAGCUAUCCACGAUAUAACUGUGUAGUACCAGCUGAUCAAGUCGGUUGGGCGAUGAUGUUCCCAGGCCGAUUAACGCAUCUACACGAAGGACUUCCAACAACCAAAGGGACGCGAUAUAUC